UUCCCACCCUCCAGCCGGCAGAUGAUCCGAUGCUUCCAUGUGUUUCAGGGCGACGAGCGUGCAGAGACGGCGUCGUCCAUCAGCCGCAGAGAGCAGCCUGCAGCCAUCAGGUCCAGCCUACGGCUCGGGGAGGUCACUCCCAUGGAGGAGGAGCUGAGCGCCGCACGGAAAGAGGAGCAGAGGAGACGGUGGCUGGAGGAGCUGGACCGCCAGAGGGAAGAGGAGGCUGAACGCCGGAAACGAGAGAAGCUGCUGAGGAGACAGACAGAGGACCACGAGCGCUGGACUGCACACUUUGACUCGCUCCAACGCAGGGCUCCGAUCCAGCCUGCGGCUCCAUCGGCGCCGCCGGCCGUUCGGCUCAGCGGCUCCGAGCGGGAAGACUGGGAUCCCUCCUCCAGUCUGUCUCUGGUCUGGGAGGCCACCAGCAGCUGCGGAGCGGAGAGCAUCAUCGGAGCCAGCGUGGAUUCCACCAGAGGAUGUCCUACCAGGUCCAGCUACCUGAGGACCAUGACGUCUCUCCUGGAUCCUGCACAGAUAGAGGAGAGGGAGAGGAGGAGGCUGAAACAGCUGGAGCAGCAGAGGGCCAUCGAGGCCCAGAUGGAGGAACGCAAAAAGCAGCGGGAGCAGGAGGAGGCCAGAAGGAGACGGCAGGAAGAGGAGGAGGAGAAGAGGGUUACCCUGGAGAGGGAGAAGCUGCAGAAGCAGUAUGAGCUGGAGAUGCUGAAGAAGAAGGAGAAGGACAAACCGCCGCUGACAGAAGAGCACCAGCAUCCUCUUCCUCAGCCGUUUGUUCAGCCUCACAGGUCUGACUGUCUCCCUCAGACCGACGGCAUCCCUCACAGCAAGGAGCCAGAGGAGAACCUCGCUGGCGGCGGACCGGAGGAGACGGGAUCCGAAUCCACAGGUGAGAGAGAAACGGCGCCCAUUGCCGCUGUUCUUUUUGCACAAAAAAAUUGA